GACUGGGGCAAUCUCUGCUCCCUUUAUUGUUGCUGUCUUGGAGAAUCCCUGGUGGUAAGGGGGUGGAGACCCUCUCUUUUUCCAUGUAAACCUUUGAUUCCAGAACUUCAGAGCUGACUGGCACAGUGCCAGACACGGAUAGUGAGGGGAGUGAGAUGUAAGGAGCAGAGAUCUAAACUAUGGAGAAUUCUCUUUUUAAAAAAAACAUUUUUUAGAUGUUGAUGGAUCUUUAUUUUAUUCAUUUAUUUAUAUGUGGUGCUGAGGAUCAAAUCCAGUGCCUCACACAUACUAGGCAAGUGCUCUACCAUUGAGCCACAAUUCCAGCCCUAAACUAUGGAGAAUUUUAAAGCUAAAAGUGGAAAGGAGUGAUUGACCAGACAGCUACUUAAAAGGAGACUGAGUCCGCUAGGAAUUCAGAGCAUGCACUCAGCCCUUGCUCAUCCAACAGUCCAGAGAAUUUCCAAACUUUUCUACUUUGCAAAAAGUUCUUUCAUUUCUGUUCCUCAAACUCCAGAUUCCCAUGGGUAGAAAGAGCACUCACUGACCUAAGAGACCCUUCCUGAAGAAACAUAAGGUGCCUGAAGCCAUUUUAACCCAUUAACCCACCUGCCACCUGCCUAGUAUGAGUAUGAUACAAUGGGAAAGGUAGACUUGGCUAGUGCAGGAAAAUCCUGCUCAUCUGCACAGAGAACGCAAAUGCACCCCAAGCCAAAAAUGUGGGGACAGUUACAGCCUCUACUAGGUUUCCCUUCUUUUCCUUUGUGGAGAAGCUGGAGGAUGAGGAAUUCCUAAUGAUGGCUCAAUAGGGGCUUGGUUCCCUGGGGAAGUGGGAAUUACCCCAAGGUUAUCUCCUGUAAUAAAUACUAAAUAAUCUUUCCCCAGAAAAGACCUUUAGCUGUUGGAUUAGGGCACUAACUACCAAGGAGAAACUGAGACAGGCCUCCCCUCCCAUAAGGGUCAUUGCAGCAUGAGAUCCAAAAAAGCCACAAAAUUAAUCCCAGACCUGCUUACUGAUUUUGAGUGCUAAUCUUGAACAUAGACCACUCAGGAAAACGGGAUUGGCUAAGAAGCUCUGAGAAGGGGUGUUGUCACUGCCUUGUCAGGGCUUAAAUAAGGGGUUCAGGCAAGUAGUCCAAAUGCGCCAGAGAAGGGCUCUCUUUCUCGGGUUCUCUGAACUGCACCAUGACCCAAACCCUCAAGUUCUCCAGAGUGUUCCAUCGGGUCCGCUGGGCUCCUGAGUUGGGCGCCUCCCAAGGCUCCAACUCAACGCCCCGGAGCUUGGCAGACAUCCCCGGCCCCUCCAUGCCUGCCUUCUUGGCUGAACUUUUCUGCAAAGGGGGACUGUCGAGACUACACGAACUGCAGGUGCAGGGUGCUGCGCGCUUCGGCCCCAUGUGGCUUGCCAGAUUCGGGACCCUGCGCACAGUGUAUUUGGCCUCCCCUGCACUCGUCGAACAGCUCCUGAGACAAGAGGGUCCUCGGCCAGAGCGUUGCAGCUUCUCGUCCUGGGCGGAGCACCGUCGCCGCCACCAGCGGGCUUGCGGACUACUUACCGCGGAAGGUGAAGAAUGGCAGAAGCUCCGUAGUCUUUUGGCGCCGCUUCUCCUCCGGCCUCAAGCGGCUGCUGGCUAUGCCGAAACCCUGGACAAAGUGGUCUGUGAUCUUGUGCGACGACUAAGGCGCCAGAGGGGACGUGGCACCGGGCCGCCCGCCCUGGUUCGGGAUGUGGCGGGAGAGUUUUACAAGUUUGGACUGGAAGGCAUAGCCGCGGUGCUACUGGGUUCUCGCCUGGGCUGCCUGGAGGCUGAAGUGCCCCCGGACACCGAGACUUUCAUCCGCGCGGUAGGCUCGGUGUUUGUGUCUACGCUGUUAACCAUGGCGAUGCCCAGCUGGCUGCAUCGCCUAGUGCCGGGACCUUGGGCCCGCCUCUGCCGAGACUGGGACCAGAUGUUUGCGUUUGCCCAGCAGCUCGUGGAGCGGCGAGAGGCCGAGGUAGCCACGAUGAACCAGGGAAACCCUGAAAAGAACAUGCCAUCUGGGGCACACCUGACCUACUUCCUUUUCCGGGAGAAAGUGUCUGCCCAGUCCAUCCUGGGGAAUGUGACAGAGCUGCUACUGGCUGGAGUGGACACGGUGUCCAACACACUUUCCUGGGCUCUCUAUGAACUCUCCCGGCAUCCUGAAGUCCAGAGGGCACUCCAUUCUGAGAUCACAGCUACCCUGGGCCCAGGCUCCUGUGCCCACCCGCAAGCCACAGUUCUGUCCCAGCUCCCCCUGCUGAAAGCUGUGGUCAAGGAAGUACUAAGACUGUACCCUGUAGUACCUGGAAAUUCCCGUGUUCCAGACAAAGACAUUCAUGUGGGUGACUACAUUAUCCCCAAAAAUACGCUGGUCUCUCUGUGUCACUAUGCCACUUCAAGGGAUCCUGCCCAGUUUCCAGAGCCAAACAGUUUUCGCCCAGCUCGCUGGCUGGGGGAGGGCCCAGCCCCCCACCCAUUUGCAUCUCUUCCCUUUGGCUUUGGCAAGCGCAGCUGCAUGGGGAGACGCUUGGCUGAGCUUGAGCUUCAAAUAGCUUUGGCCCAGAUCUUGACCCAUUUUGAGGUGUUGCCUGAGCCAGGUGCUCCUCCUGUCAGACCCAUGACCCGGACUGUCCUCGUGCCCGAAAGAAGCAUCAACCUACAGUUUGUGGACAGAUAGUCCUUUGAAAGAGGCUGUCAUCAACACAAUUUCUUUCAUCAUAGGGAUUUUUUGGGCAGAAGAUCAAGAGAUACACCUGUUCCCAGACAAGGCCUAACUAAGCUGAAUAUAGUGACCGUAGCAAAGUGCAGGAGGCAGCCCUGACCCAUGUGUGAAGUAUGCACUUGACCUAUCUCAGUAGGUCCUGAGACAACCACGGUCCCUCCACUUGCUUGGCUCUUUUCCUGGUCAUAUACAAAUCCUUCAGAGCUAACUCAGAUUUUAACAGGUAAUCUUGGUGGCCUGAGGUAGGAUUCAACUACUGCUCUUUUGGUGCUUCCACAGUGCUCACUGAUGCUGCUGGCUAAGCAUUUCUCACAGCAUGAGCAAAGAAAUUGUGCAUCUGUUCUGUACCUGGUUGGUCUCCCUUUAAAUAUGUGAGCUCUUCAAGAGAGAGGGAUGAGACUUUAUUGGUCUUCAUAUUCCAUAUCAGGACCUAUCUGAUUAGGUGACAAAACACAUAUUCUCAUAUUGAAACUGGACCAUGUAGAGAAGGGAUAAACAGUUUACCAGGCUAUGUCUACCCCUCUUCCUUCCUUCAUCUUGCCCCAAGAAGAUGAAUCUGCCCUAGACUGGUUUAUGAUUUAAAAAAAAAAAAAAUCUCGGCUCUCUAGUCACUUUUUCUUCUUUUUCUUUGAAACAGUGUCUUACUAUGCUGCCCAUGCUGGCCUU